UAAUUGCAGUGCAAUCAAUUGCAAUGCUUAUAAGAGAACAUAAACCACAUAGAAUGCGCUGCUGCGUAUGACGACAGCCUUUUCAGAUAGUCGUCGUCUCUCUCCAAGUGUGUGUGCUGGCAAUCCAUCACAUCGCUCGUGUCCAGCAGCAGCAGCAGUCGUCGUCUUACGGAAAAACGCGCCAACGAACGCACCUCUUCGCCCACAUCUUCGUGCGCUGCGAUCACGCGCCGCCGCCACCACCCCACCAUUGCCCCUUGCUGAAGCCCAGCCACGCUCAUAGAUGAUAAUGGUGCGCAGGAGAGCGCGGCCCGCCAAGGAAACUGGUGGUGGCUCCGCAGCGGCAGCUGUUGCUUCCGACGGGGCUCUGUCCAUGGACACAGCCGCCGCUGUGGCCGUAGCGGGCGGCAAUCAUCUGCUCGAUGAUCAAUAUUUUGCCAGCCCCAAGCGGAAAGACUGCCGCCUGAUGAAGGCCAGUGAAAAUCUCAAAAUCUCCUCGGAUGUUGUGGCAUUGGAGGAGGAGGCGAACAACAAAGGCGUCAAGCCAACAAAGGCGUUAACGGAUCGAACGAUUGGCGUGCCGCUGGCCACCCGCUCCCAGACACGCACCAUCGAGAACUUUUUCAAAGCGAAUGCUGCCGCCAAGUGCGGAAUCACAUUGAAUACACAUCAUCCAGAGCCAAUUAAAGAGCAAAAGACAAUAUCUACAGCAGAGCUGCCCCUGUCCGACGAGCUGGGGGAUGAGGAGUUGGAGCGGGUUGUGGGGGAUCUGCUGUAUGAUGGCCAUUCGACGGCCUCUUCCGAUUCGCCUUCCUACCAGCACGAGAACGAGCACGAGGAGGUGAUGCAGGACACCUUUGCUCUACGGGAGACCAGUCCCGUGCCCGUGCUGAUGGCCGACUUCCAGACACACCGCUCUGGCCUGCGGGACAGCCACAGCUCAUCGCACAGCAGCAGCAGCAGUGGUGGUGCCAGUGCCACGACAGACAACAUCUUCCUGCAGGAGCCGGUCCUGACACUGGACAUUGACCGCACGCCCACCAAAGCCUCUAGCAUUAAGAUCAACAAGAGCUUUGAGCUGGCCAGCGCCGUGUUCUCAUCGCCGCCUUCCGUUCUGAAUGCCUGCCGUUUCAAUCAGAUUGUCACACUCAAUGGCGGCGGCCAGUGCGAACCACAGCCUGUUGUCGUAGCCCAGCCACAGCCGCAGCCGCAGCUACAGCUACAGCCACACCACAACGGCUUCGAAUUGGACCAACAUGACAGUAGUUCCUGCGACAGUGGCGUUGCCUGCAGCCUGACCAUAUCGGCAGAAUCUCCAGCCGCUGGAGGAGGAGCUGGAGCUGCUGCACGUCGUCGCAAACCAGCCACACCCCAUCGCAUACUCUGCCCCUCGCCGAUCAAGACAUUGCCCCGCGGCGAUGGGGGGGGAUUGAUUGUACCUGGAGCACGCAAGACUUCCGGCAUCAUGAUGAAGGGCGAUCUGUUGUCGCCCAGAAAGUCGCCACGCAAGCUGCCGACAACCACAGCGGCGGUUGCCGCCUGCAAGUCGCGACGAAGACUGAAUCAGCCAAAGCCACAAGCGCCUUACCAGCCCCAACAGCCACAGCCACCGCCAGGCACACAGCCAACGAACGAGGACGUUGUCGUUAUCGAUGAUGAUGAGGAUGAUGAUGAUCAGGAGGAGGACGAGGGGGAGGAGGAUGAGGACGAUGUCCACGCCUUACUGAAGGCCGCCGAGGAGCUGGAGAACCUGAACAAAAUACCCAUAGCCAACAGCAACAAAAGCAACAAUCACGUUAAAGCAAUGCUCAAGCCAGCGCCAGCCAAGCCAAGGGCUGCCCUAACCAAAGGCGGGUCCAAGACCAAGACGGGGUCGAAGAUCCAACCAGGACCGCUGCCCCUGGCCGCCACCAAUGGCAACCGGGAGAUGACCGACUUCUUUCCGGUGCGCCGCAGCGUACGCAAGACCAAAACAGCCGUCAAGGAGGAAUGGCUGCGCAAUCUGGAGCAGGCUGUGCUCGAGGAGCGCUCCGAGGGACUCCAGGUGCGCAACUUCAUGGGCAAGGGUCGCGGCGUCGUCGCUGUACGUCACUUUAAGCGCAACGAAUUCGUUGUGGAGUAUGUGGGCGAUCUGAUCUCGAUCAGCGAUGCCACCGAUCGCGAACGACGCUAUGCCCUGGACGAGAACGCCGGCUGCUACAUGUACUAUUUCAAGCACAAGAACCAGCAGUACUGCAUCGAUGCCACCGUGGACACUGGGAAGCUGGGACGCCUCAUCAACCACUCGCGUGCCGGCAAUCUAAUGACCAAAGUGGUCGUGAUCAAGCAGCGUCCGCAUCUCGUGCUGCUGGCCAAGGACGACAUUGCGCCGGGGGAGGAGCUGACCUACGACUAUGGCGAUCGGUCCAAGGAGUCGCUGCUGCACCAUCCCUGGCUGGCCUUCUGAGGCCGGGAGUCCAUGGAGAAACCCUAACCAGCAGGGAUAGGGAUAGGGAUGGGGAUGCCAACGGGAAACGGUUCGGAAAUCGUUCAGCUUUAAGCGGAAACAACCACAAAAUCGGUUAAAAUCGGCAAAACUGGUUUUUGUUUUGUGUUUGUGUGCUUCUUUGUUAGCUUUUAUAUAUGUAUAGAUAUCAUCAUCAGAUCCAUUAUGCCCUGAAACGAAUCAGAAAAGAAACCGAUGACCAAAACUUCCAUUCAAAGACUGUUCAAACCUCGAAACGAAACGAACCGAACCGACCCGGCUGGCCCUUCCCGUUGCUCCGAAUUUAGUUUUUAUUUGAGGAAAAGUAUGAAAACUGUUAGUUCAAAAUAUCAUAAAGGAUAGCGACACCAACACCACACACACACACACAAAGCACACACAUAUUUUCUGGAUUUGUUAUCCGUUUUUUUUUUUCGUCAUAUUGUUAGAGCCAGGCUAAUAGUAAACAGAGCGAGAGAGAGAGAGAGACGAGAGACAGGCGACGGGAGACGGGAGAUGAUGAUAAUAAUAAUAACUAAAAGAAAAUGCGCUUAAACAUUAAGGCAUCUAGAGACUAAGGAUAACGAAAUGAAAACACUGUUGAACAUUUAGACGCAAGUUGGUAUGAAGAUUUCGAGAGGAAGAUGUGCUGAAUUCGCAUCUGUCUAGAGACCGGAUCGUAUGCUAUUUAUAUAGAUAUUUAUAUUAGAUACAUGUGUAAUUUUGAAACUAUUAUUAUGUACUAUUUACUGCCAUAGUGCUAUACACACAGCCUCGCCCCAUGCACUCCCUCCCCCACGCCCCACACACACACACACACACACACAGCCGCAAUCUGCAGGCACAUGCAUCCUCCAGGAGAUUAGCGGACUGCUGGACACCUAGUGCUUCAAUGGAUUGAUAGCCUCUCUCCUCAACACACACACACACCUAAGCAGGUUUCAAUCACACACACAUAAACGCAUAUAUAGUGUAAACAAAAACCUCCUGCCCUUCCCCUUAGCAACAGAAAAAAGCAGAAAUUUCCAACCAAAAUGACAGAAGCUUCUCCAAUAAUUGUUUUUCUUCAAAUAGGUUUUAUUUCUUGUAAUCGGCGCAUAUCUUU